CUUCCCUCUAUAUAACCCCCUCACUAUGUUUACAUCUCUCUUACAAACUCCCAAGAGCCUCGGAGCAACAAAACCACAUUAAAAGAGUUCGCCGGAAAAACAAAACCAAAAAACAUGCCGGCGAACAACAACACACCUCUCCUCACCAUCUUUCUCCUCUUUCUUGGUUUGCUCCGGUUCGAUUCAUUCCCCGGUUUACAAGCUGCGACCGGAAAAUUAGCUUCGGUUCCGGGAUUAUACGUGUUCGGAGAUUCUUUAGUUGAUGCCGGAAACAAUAACUACUUACCAAUAUCAAUAUCCAAAUCUAACUAUCCACAUAACGGCAUCGAUUUCCCGAACAAGAAACCCACCGGAAGAUUCUGCAACGGCAAGAACGCCGCCGAUGCUAUCGCUGAGAAAUUUGGUUUACCGUUACCGCCACCGUACCUCUCACUUAGAGGCCUACUAGAAAGGGAAACGAGAAAAUCUGCCGCCGUGACCGGUGUGAAUUUUGCUUCCGGUGGAGCCGGAAUCUUUAACGGUUCCGACCAAAAACUAGGACAAGCUAUUCCUUUAUCAAAGCAAGUGAACAAUUGGCUCUCUAUUCAUAAAGAUCUCUCGACUCAGCUUGGACCAUCAGAAGCACAAGCUCACCUAUCCAAAUCUCUAUUCACUGUUGUAAUAGGAAGCAACGAUCUUUUCGACUACUUUGGAUCGUUCAAACUCCGACAACAGAGCAAUCCUCAACAAUACACACAAUUAAUGGCUGAUAAACUCAAAGACCAAUUAAAGAGAAUUCACGAUAGUGAUGCCCGUAGAUUCCUUAUAAUCGGGGUAGGGCAGAUCGGAUGCACACCGGGAAAAAGAGCGAAGGACUCGACAAUCCACGAAUGUGACGAAGAUGCAAACAUGUGGUGCUCUUUGUAUAACGAUGCUCUAGUAAAAAUGCUGCAACAACUCAAACAAGAAUUGCAAGGCUCAAUGACGUACACUUACUUUGACAACUUCAAGUCCUUAGAAGACAUUAUCUCCAAUCCCGCCCCUUACGGUUUUGCGGACGUGACAUCAGCAUGUUGUGGAAAUGGCGGCGAAUUGAACGCGGACCUUCCUUGUCUUCCCUUGGCAAAGUUGUGUUCAGACAGAAGCAAAUAUCUUUUUUGGGAUCGCUACGGUCAUCCCACAGAAGCUGCUGCUCGGACCAUCGUCGACCUUAUGUUAUCUGAUGAUUCACAUUACUCGUCUCCAAUAACUCUCACUCAAUUGGUCUCUACAUGAUCAAUAUAUACACACGUCUUCGGUCUUUAUUUUUUUUUGGGGAAAGAGUACAUAAUUAAGUAGACAAGUGGGAUUUGGAGACUUGAUUUGUAUUCCUAUACGUACUAAUUUUGUUACCAACGAAAUAGAUAAGUUUUUAAAUAUUAAUUUACUAGCUUUUCUCUG